AUGUGCAACGUAUGUACUCGCGAAGUUGAACCGGCGCCUAAGCCAGCACCAAAACCGAAUAAGACCGUGGAAAGGAUGAAGAAAAAGCACAACAUCACUACCAACCCUUCUGAUGAGGAGAAGCAGAAAGAAGUAGCAUAUCAGCCAGACCUUCUAGCUGUAUCCACUCAGUACUCCAAAUUGGCUUACGAUAUUUUCAAGCAGUGUGUUGUUAGCGUGCAGGAAACUAAGGCUUACGCAAUAGCGACAAAGACAACACAACCCUUCCACGUGGCGCUCGCGGUGCUAGUGGUUAUAGUGUGGCUCACAAAGUCCGGGUCCAGCGCUAACAUAAGAGGCUGGAGAGCGUUGUACGUAGGGGCCGUUGCGACGCAUCUCGGAGCUCAGAUAUGGAUGACAUUAGUCUCAGGCAUAGUACUCUACUUCUCACUCCCUCGGCAUGAGUUCGGGCGCGUUCAAACUAUCCUCUUCCCCGUGUACUACGCCUUCAACUCGCUAGUGAGCCUGCUGGCGGCGCUCGCGUACUUCCGCACACAGUGUCUCACGCGCUUCGAGAACACUUCCUGGAUACAACUAGCCUUGCUGUUAGUCGUAUUCAGCAUAGAAGCGUACGUGCGCCUCUGGCUCGUGAGACCGAUGCUGCGCGCAAAACACAUCAAAACUCAAAUGGAGGAAGCCGCUGGUGGUGGACAGGAAGUCGGCCGAUUAGUCCUCGGCGAGUUAGCCCAUUGUCCGCGCUAUCUUCGCGUGCUGAAGACUUUCCGAGCCUACCACUCAUUUAUUGCUAUGGGCACCAUGAUCACAUUAGGAUGCUCCUUCUACUCCACCAUGAUUGUGGUAGAUUCUAUGUGCCAU